UCCACGCGAUUUUGACACAUAACCUCUUCGCACCAUCUGUUUAUCUGUUGUUUUGUCGAGUUAAAAAUAGUAAAGUAACUGAAAAUGAGUGAAGAAGUGGUGGAUAAUAAUCCUUUAAAAAAGAGGCAAAGGAAGAAACGCAAAAAUUUUAUAGCCAAUGCUAAAAAGUAUGCCAAAAAAGGUCAAAUGGGGCGUGGGACAAAGAUGACCGAUGAUUUGUAUCAAUAUUUUGUUGGGAUUCUUGAUGCUAUCAAGCAAGGCAUUCAUGAUGAAGAAGAGAGACAAGCCCUUGUAAACAAUGUACUAGACCGGACAAAAGGUGAAGAACUCAACGUAGUGGGCAAUCAACUCGGUUGUCGUGUAAUAGAGUUGUUACUCCCGUACUCUUCAAAGGAGGACCUUGAACGGUUUAUUGAAGUCGUAUCACCAGAACUACGUAGAUUAUGCUCUGACAACUUCACAAGCCAUGUUAUCGAGACUUUGUUACGAGUGUCGUGCCAGAGGGCUACAGACCAUUUACAAACCGAAGAAGAAGUACCUCCAAAGAAACGUAAAGUUGAUUCAACAUACACUGAUGAUCACAUUCAAAAAUGCCAUGAAUUUACAAUAAAACUUUGCAAGUACGCUCUUAACAACUUAGAAGAUUUCGUAUGGGAUCCUUAUGCAAAUCAUAUUUUACGUAGUGCAAUUAAAUGCCUUAGUGGUAUUACAUUGCUACCAGGGGAAAAGCCAAAAGUGAACCUUUUCAAACAAAUUGUUCAAGACAAAGGAAUACCUCCUCAUCUAACUAAGUUAGAUUACAAAACGGUGCCAGAGGAAUUUAAAGAAAUCGUCAAAGAAUUUGCUGUAAGAUUAUCAUUGUGGCCACAGUUUAAGGAUUUACCAUAUCAGAAUAUAACAUCAGCAUUGCUACAAGUUUUACUUUAUGCUGUUAAGAAUGUAGAUAAAAAUUUGACUAAAGAGUUAUUAAAGAAAUUGUUGAAUGAAAGUUUUGCUCCGGAUGAUUGGGUUUCCGCGGGGAAUGACGAGAAAGAUGAUAAGAAAGAAACCGAUGGUGACGAGGGUGGUGUGGAAGAAAGAGAUGGAGAUGUUGUGAAGAAGAAUCUGCCACCAGUUUUUGAGUCAGAGUCUGCAGUUAGGCUCCUGGAGGCGGCGUUGUUCGUAGCAAAGAAGAAGAUGUACACACAGAUCUAUGCAAGAUGCUUUAUCAAUCGGCUGGGCCAACUGUCCACAUUGCCGAUGCUCAACUUCACCGUCCAGAGGCUGAUUGACAACUGCCAAAUUAAGGAAGAGUUCGAGCCAAUGUUCGACGAGUUGUCAGACAAGUACAGCGCAGUACUCGCAUGUGGCAACACCGGGGUACUAGUGGCCAUAGCGAAGGCCUGCCUCAGGAUCAAGGCCAAGCAGACGCAGUUCGUUAACAACCUAGAAGCAUCGCUCAAAUGUUCAACCCCUGAGCACCAGAAGUACUUCUCCGUGAGUUGCCUCCGGCUGCUGCCCGUGGACCGCUGUGACGUCACCAAGUUGGACAAGGAGUACUUCAUCCAUAUUCAUGGAUCUGUGAUAUUGCAGACUAUUCUGGAUUUCGAGCGUCCAACAAAGGCAGUGCAAAGUCUCCUAGAGCUGUCUCCCGAGGAGUUAAUGGUAAUCAUCAGCGACGCAAAAGGGAGCCACGUAUUCGACGCCUUCUGCAAAGGACGAUGCGUCGGCGUCAAGGCCAGGGACAAGCUCAUCUGGAAACUCAAGGGUUACUAUCAAAAACUGGCCCUCUCCCAGUACGGUUCACGGGCGUUCGAGCAAAUAUUCGCGACCGCGUCACUCGAGCAGAAGAUCAAAAUAAUGACGGAAAUAUCGGACAAGAGCAACCUCCUUAACAGCACGCAGUAUGGUAAAGUUGUUGCGAGCAAACUCGACGUGGGCGGCUUCAAAACUUCGCAAAAGCAGUGGGAGCAGAAGUGGAAGAAAAAGGGGGGAAACAAUGUUGAAGUAACUGAUAGUAAAUGA